GAGGGGCCUCUUGGCACAAAGCGUUCACCUCCAAGCCACGCAUGCCUUCACCCAUAGACACGCGCCUCGUGCAGACAAAUACACUCAGGCCACAUGUCAUGCGGAAUAAUUCGUCCAUUCAGGCGUUAUUUUAACCCACCAAACUUUACUGGAUUCAUUGGGCAUCCAUUUCCCGUUGAGAUGCGAAGACAGUGCACGCUACAAGUUUUUUUCGUCUUAUCGUUGCACGUUUUAUCCAAAGCGCAUUAUGUUAUCGGAUCGGGUCCGUCUUGCCUCAGAUCGAGUCCCGCGGGACUCGGUCAGACGCGCGUCACGUUUCUGCGGGAGGACGCGACCGGUGUGCGCUCCUUGUACGUCAGCCUGUGGUCUGAGGACGCGCGACCGGUAACCUGCCAGGUGAACACCAAUCCGACUGUCACCGACAGGUACUUCAGUGUCUGCAACAGAAGCGGCGGCCAGGGCCGAGAAAUCCGCCGGAAGUUUAACACCAGCAUCCUGUUAUCUCCGGGUUCACCGUGCAAACUCGCCUCCUCCGGUGUGCCGGAGUUUAUCUUCAAGCGCGCAAGAAGAGAUGCGACGGAGGGGAAAGUAGUUCGGAGGAAACGGGCGUGGAUAUUCCCGGGCACGUUGUGGUGCGGUACCGGCAGCAAGGCGGAUGAAUACGAACAGCUAGGGAUGUUCGAGAGUGCAGAUCGAUGCUGCCGUGAGCACGACCACUGCCUGCAUGUCAUCCCGGCUUUCACUGGGAAUUAUGGAGUCUUCAACUCCAACUUUUUUACCGUCUCACACUGUGACUGUGACCAAAGGUUUCGAGAGUGCCUUCUUGGUGUGAAUGAUUCCAUUUCCAGCAUGGUGGGCUACAGCUUCUUCAACAUCCUGCGGGUUCCCUGCUUUGACCUCACACAGCAGAGGCGAUGCACGGAGUGGUACUGGUGGGGAAUGUGUAAAGUGGCCGAAAUGGCUCCAUGUGCCGUCUUCAGAAGUCCCCUUCCCUAUGCUGAUGUUACGAGCAAUAAUGGGAACACCACUGACAGCAACAUGGUAGCAAAUAGCAAGGCGAAGCUUGUAAACGAAAGCAUUGUGAUCGAGCCACUCAAAAAGUUACCCAAAAGUGAACGUAGAUGUAAAUCCAGACACCGACCCAAAGGAGAAACUUUCUACCUCAGAAGGACAAAGGGGAAAGGAUGUAAAAGGCAAAAAAAACUGAAUACAACGACACCAUCCCAAAUGUCAACAGUGUCCACCACUAGUCUUUCAAUGGAAGUCAGUCAUUUAAAUGAAAUUAAAAGUACUGCAGCGCUGCCGAUUAAAAAAAGACUUGGAAAAAAGAAGAGCAACGGACAAGGUCUGUCGGAUUACGUCACACAGAGAAGCCAAAUCCCACCACCGGCGAACAUGAGCUCAGAUCAAAAAACAGCAACUCAAAGCCUGCCGUCUUUCACACGAAAGCCGGUGCUGCAGCCACACCGAGUAAUAGCCCCACCAGCAGUGGGCAAAAGUCGCAAAAAGGUUCUGAAACAACAACAACGCCGUUGUUGUGGACUACGGACGUCUGUCAGAGGUGACACUUUUCAGCCUCGUUGUAAAAGUUGUCUAGAACAAAAAGCAACAUCCGGCAUGACAACUGUUACACAAUCAAAGACUAUGUAUGUGGUGCCAGUCAAAAUGUCAACAAACUCGACUCGGAUCCUCAAACGGACAGAAACGCCCCAACAAGACGAUCCAAAAACACUCUGGAAUACGGCUGCUUCUGCAACCUCCGUUCAUAAUGAAGUCAAGCCGCAAAAGCAGAUGGAUUCUCCUCUACAGCAGAAUGAUACAAGCCGUGGGCUCAUGUGUACCAACGUAGCCCAAAGUACAAAUGCAGGAAGAGGCCUGAAGCAAAACUUUGCAUCAGAUAAUAUGACAGACCAUCAACUCCUGUGUGGAAGCCUCAAACACCUGGAUGAAUGUAAAUACAGCAUCAUCCCUUUGGGGAACAAGUAUAAUCUACAGAACAUGAAGUCAAAGACCGCGUACCACUGUGAUUGCACCAGCCGCGUGGCUGUUCUGAUUAAAAGCUUCAAGCAACCCAGUAUUCUCCCCAAGCUGCUAAUGGAUUUUGUAUCUCAAUCCUGCUUCAAUCUGCCCAAUGAGAAGAAAUGCCACCGCCGCAAAAGCUGUUCUGGAGGCUUCUCUAAAGCCUCUGACCUACUUCAAGCACUUAGCAUGAUGGAGGAAAGAGACACUACUGGGGUGCAAAACUCAGCCAAUGAGAGAAAGAGAGGGAUUCCUACUCGUCUUUAUAAGCGUUGCCUGAGGCUGGUAAGGGAAGCUGAUGUUGGGGCACAGCUCACACAACUUUAGACUCCGUGUCUAUAAAUAGCAACAGUGGAUUUGAUAAGCUUUACAUUUCACAGACAUUUCUGUUUCUCUCUGACGGGGUUAAACUACAGUGUUUUAAAACAUUCAAGGAAUUAAAUUCUCAAAUACGUCAUUUUUGAACCAAUGCCAUGGAUGUACAUUUUUAAGUAUUUAUAAAGAACUGCAAUAAAAAUGAAAACAA